AUGCCAGACAUUUCGGAAUACCGACUCGGAAGUGCAUGUAGAAUAAAUAACUCAGAUCAGUUUUCAGAAAAAGUAGAUUCUGAGGUUGCUACGGCGGAUCCAUCUAGUUCAAAUGCAUUGAAACUUGGAGAGUGUACAGUUCCAGUUCAAGAAUUGCAACAUGUAAUCAGUGAUAAACCAUCUUCUGACGAUGACGGUUCUAGCAACAAUAACUCAAAUAUGGAGGAGGUCACUUGCUGUUGUCACGACGUUAAAAAUGAAUGCGGUAUACUCAAUGAUUCAAAUUCAUCAUCUUGGUUGCGACGUCUAUUUACGUCAAGUUUAUUUAAUUUAGAUAUGACAAUUCAAUAUUUAUUUAAAUCAGAUGAUGUAAAUGUACAAAUGUAUUUAGCUGAUCGAUUAUUCGGUUUUCCAGAAUCUGAUGUAGACUUUUAUCUAUUACAACUUGUCUCUCUUUAUGAAAAAUCGCCUUCAUUAGCAGAACACUUAACUAAUUAUUUCAUAUACCGAUGUACAAAAUCUGUUUCAUUUGCAAUAAAUCUUGUUUGGUUAUUGGACACAUUCAGUUCACAUUCAUAUAAUCCAUUGAAACGUGUCUCAUCAAUUCUACUUAAUCGUCCAUCAUCAGUGCCAAUAUUCUCUUAUGUAUCUAAUCAAUUGUAUUUAAUGAAUUCCAAUGAUCAUUCUCAAUCAAUCAACAAUAGUAAAUCUAUGAAAUUAAAAUCCAGUUCAUCGGCUAUUACACCUUUACAAGAAUUAGAUUGUCAUCAUAAUGAUAACAUUGGUGGUGAAAAUGACAAUACAAUUGUAACUCCCACUCCUAUUACAACUUCGACAGAAUUAUCCAAUGAUAAUCGAUUUGUGUAUACUGCACAAACUUUACGGGAUUUAUUACUACCUAUUGAUGAGACUACAUGGGGUAGUUUUAUUCCACAGUCGAUAGUCAAUGGAAGCUCCAACAUGGGAUCGUAUAAUAAUGUUAAUAUUCAUCAUACACAUAAUACUUCACCAUUAUCUAAUUGUAAAUUAUCUCCAAAUAUUCAUUAUAAUAUCGGGCAUAAACGAAGUACAUCUGACGUAACAAGUUCAAGAAAUUAUCAUUAUUAUGUUGAUAAGUCCAGACAUCGUGUUGUCAUGGAUCAAUUGGAUCUAAUUAAUAAUCCUGAAACUAAUCAAUCCAUAGUAACAAUAACUUCUAAUCAAAAUCGUUGGUCUUCAUCACAAGAUUCAGCUGUUUGUUUAUCAACUGUCGACGUCAUAAAUGAUGAUGUUGUAAACAAUCCAAUAACAACUACUUCUAAUGUUGUAACCAAUCAAAUAUCAUUAAAUUCAAUAUGUCCUAUAAUAAAUCGUUCUUUAUUAAUGAAUGAAAAUCGACAUUCUUUACAUCAAUUACAUUUGAAUAAUCUUGAUGAAAAUCCACUUAAAUCAAGUAUGAGUAUGAAUAAGAUUAUUACAAAAGAAAUUCUACCACAAUCAUGUCUUCCGAAACAUUCUCUUUCAUCAGUUAAUUUAAAACGAUUAAAUUCAUCAUUAUGUAUCAUGAAUGAUGAUACUUCUGCACAAAUUAAAUCAUCAUCAUCUUUAAAUCAAACUGCCAGUAUUCCUGGUGACAGUAAUAAUCGUAAUGAUGUUGAUCGCAGUUUAUCUUCAUAUUCUACAAAUAACAUAACUUCCGACUUAAUGCUUGGGUCUUUAGGAGGAGGAGGAGUACCUGUAGUUACAACAACAACAUUCACUAAAACAAAGUCAAUAAAUGAAGGAAGAAACAAUCCAACUCACACUAUGGAAUCUUGUAGUUCCACGACAGAAUCGUCAAGUCCAUUUGACAGUGGUUUGUAUAUGACAGCUCCCAAUCGUUGUAUUCAUAGUAGUUGCGAUGGUGUUGGUGUUGUUGACCAUGGUGAUGAAGAUGAUGAUAACGAUAAUCAUGAUAUUAAGUUGCAAUCACCAGAGAAUUCAUUUCAUUUACCACAUUGUCCACAUUAUCACACUACUUCAUCAGUGAUGUAUCGAACUUUGACAUUACGUAAUUAUUUAGUCCCGAGAAUAAUUCCUGAAUGGGAUUUUGUUGAUGGUCUUUUGAGAAUAGCUCGUCGAUUAGUACCAAUUAGUCCCAAAGAGCAAAGAACUGCUCAUUUACAAGCAGAAUUAGCAAAUUUAAAUCUUCAUUUACCAGCACGUGUAUGGUUACCAGUAAAUAAAGCUGGUCAUAUUGUUUUACGUAUUCCACCAACUGCUGCUGUAUGUUUAAACUCUAAGGACAAAGCACCAUUUUUAAUCUAUGUGGAAAUAUUGUGCUGUGAUGAUCCAUCAAUUAUUUCUUUACCUAGUCGACCAUUAACAGCGGCCAGUUCAAAAAGUUCCAAUUCAUUAUCUGCUGUCUAUCCAUGGAAUUCUAAUUUAAAUACAGGUUAUCUUUCAUCUGCUGAAAUGACAGAAAAUCAUGAAAUCAAUGUAAAUACACAUACAUCAGAUGAACUAAGUCUUCGUUCUUCAUCAAUAUCAUCUAAUGUUUCAUUAAGUGAUGAAUUAAUAAAUUCUACAGAAUUGAAUCAUCAUCAACAUCAUCAUUAUCAUUUAACUAUAGAUGAAACUAAUGAAGAAAAAGAUCCUACAACCAAAUCAACACGUAAUCAAUACGAAGUUAAUGAAACUAUCAUUAAAGAUGAUUCUUUCACAACUACUGAUUCAAUUACAGUAACUAAUACUACUAGAUCUAAAUCUCCUAUUUAUAUUGGAGCUGGUGAAAUACGUAAUCGACUUAAAGAACAAUGUGAACUUCAACCUCAUAGGUCGUUUAGAUGUGAUCCAGAAGAUCCAAGUGCAGCAGUUCUAAAAGAACCAUGGCAUGUGAAAUGUGAACGUAUACGUGCCACAUCACCAUGGGGUAGUUUACCAGGAUGGAUUUUAACUAGUGCAAUUGUAAAAGUUGGUGACGAUUUAAGACAAGAACAAUUAGCUUAUCAAUUACUUACUGUGUUAAAGAAUAUUUGGUCAAUGGAAUAUGUUCCAUUAUGGUUGCGUCCAUUAACUGUAGUUGUUACAUCAUCCGACAGUGGUUUUAUUGAACCUGUCCCGGACACUGUAUCAUUUCAUCAAAUUAAACGACAUGCUCAUUUAUCAUUAUUAGAUUAUAUGCAUCGUGAACAUGGUGGAGAUAAUUCUGAAGAGUUUUUAACUGCUCAACGUAAUUUUCUACAUAGUUGUGCUGCUUAUUGUUUAGUUGGUUAUUUGCUUCAAGUUAAAGAUCGACAUAAUGGUAAUAUCCUAUUAGAUAAUCAAGGUCAUAUUAUCCAUAUUGAUUAUGGUUUUAUUUUAUCAUCAUCACCGGGGAAAAAUUUAGGCUUUGAAACAAGUCCAUUUAAAUUAACAUUAGAACAAGUUGAUGUAAUAGGUGGUUUAAAUAGUGAUUUAUUUGAAUAUUUUAAAUUUCUUUUAUUACGUGGUCUAUUAGCUGCACGUAAACAUAUGGAACAGAUUUGUGUAUUAGUUGAAAUAGCUCAUGCUACUUGUCCACAAUUACCAUGUUUUGCACGUGGUAAUGGUUAUCGUACAAUCACUGAUUUACGUCAACGAUUUCAAUUAUCACGUACAGAAGAACAAUUAAAACAAUUAGUUGAUCAAAUGGUUCAUAAUUCAUUAAAUUCAAUGACAACAAAAUUAUAUGAUAGUUUUCAAUAUUAUACAAAUGGUAUCCAAUAA